AGUUAAAUUUAUAUUGGUAUUAUAAUAGUUGAAUUAAUUAAUGUUAGCUCAAAAUGUCAAAUGAAAUAGAAACUAGUUUAUUAAUAAUAAUAUUAGAUGUAAACCCUGUGCAAAGGAUCAUAAAACAUGAGACAAAAAUGUUGACGCAAUGCUUGGAUUCUACCAUUGUCUUUGCCAAUGCUCAUUUAAUGCAGUCAUCUAAUAAUCAACUUGCUAUGAUAGCAUGUCACGGUCAUGGAGCAAAGUUCUUAUAUCCUUGUGAAAAAGCAUUAGAGAUCAGACAAAUUGAUGGACAAUAUGAAAAGUUUACUAUGGUUGAAUGUACUGUAAGGCAACAAUUACAACAAGUUAUCAAUGAAAUUUCUUUGGACAAACCAUUAAAUGGAGAAAGUCUGAUAUCUGGGGCAUUAACCAUGGCACUAUGCUAUGUUGCGAGGUUAGAAAGGGAAAAGAUUGCUGGAGAAAAAUUAUAUUCAAGGAUUCUUGUGAUCACUGCCAGUAAUGAUUCAGCAACUCAAUAUAUGAACUAUAUGAACAUAUUUUUUACUGCUCAAAAAAUGGCAGUAAUAUUGGAUGUAUGCAGUUUAGACCAAGAAUUGACCUUACUUCAACAGGGCUGUGAUAUUACUGGUGGAAAUUAUUUAAAAGUUCCUCAAUUAAGUGGAUUAUUACAGUAUUUAUUGUGGAUAUUUUUGCCAGAUCCAAAUAUUAGAUCAAAGUUAGUACUCCCGCCUCCUGUGAAAGUAGAUUAUAGAGCAGCAUGCUUUUGUCAUCAAGAAUUAAUUGAUAUUGGUUACGUAUGCUCUAUAUGUCUAUCAAUAUUUUGCAAAUUUAGUCCAAUAUGCACAACCUGCCAUACAGUAUUCAAAAUGCCAGGACCUAUACCUAUAAAAAUGAAGAAAAAGAAAAAGAAUGUAGAUAUAGUUCAUUAA